AUGUCCAACGAGGCCUCUGUCGUCGAAUUCAAGCAACUCCUUCUUCUCUUCAAAUCAGGCCAAUAUCAGCGUGUUCUCAACGCAGAGCCUCGCGUUGUGACUCCGCCGCCAGGCCUCACACUUCCCGAUGAUCUCAUUGCUGAAGACGGCUUGAAUUCUUCAAAUGAUGUAACCAAAGAAGCUCCCGUCAUGAGACCACGCCAGCCACCAAUCGGAACUUUAACACAACUAUCGUUCAUUACGAAUACCGCACAAGCCACAGAACCACGGGUGUUAGCAUCGCACAAAUUUCUCGUAGGUUCAACGCCAGAAUUAUCCCCAACACCAACCGCGAGAUUCUUGACCUCGCCUUCAUGCGGACCAUCUAAAAAAUCACCGAUGACCGAAUCGCAGCCAAUGCCAGUCGAAACAGUACCAGGGCAGAGCCAAGGAAUUGCACCAAAACUCUCAAUACUAACAAUUCCUAUAACAGCACCGGAAGCCACACUCACAACACCACAUCAAAUACUUGUUGGUUCUUCUCCAAACCAGUCACCAAAGCAAGCUCGACGAUUUGUGAUCACAAACAUCUCAAGAACAGUUAACGAAUCCCCGACUAUGAUAGAACCACUAGGAUUUAAAAACACUUCUCCAAGACCUACGCAAAGAUCAGAAGCAGACUUUGACACCGAUUGUUCCACAGGAACUUCUCCCGAAAAUUCGAUCUUCAAUUUCACAGACCAGCAUUCAAACGAAGAAGAACCACGAAUCGCGGCUCCGACAUUCUCCGAAAAUGAAACAGAUUACCAACCACAAUCCUUCCCAUCAAUCGAAUCAGAACACUCAAACUCGCUUCGCUCAUUCUCACCAUCAGAAUUGAACACCACUCAAUUAGAAGACUUGCCAGGAUACUCCACAAGCGAUUCGUCAAUCGCGUCGUCAAGAUUCGACAAAGCUUCAUUCGAAGACGUUCGUGAAACCGUCUCAGAGCCUGCUCUAGAAUCUUCAAAAACAACGUCACGACCAAUUCAAGAAUCACGUCAUCUAUCUCCAAUUGGAGAGCUAGUUCCAGAAUCUAAUCCAAAAGCGCCACCAUCAUCAAUGGAAUCAAAACAUAAUCCGUUGUUCUACAUCUCAUCGUCCGAAUCCGAAAGGAGCACCGAAGAGAUGUCUUCCGAAAUCGGCUCAAACGAAUCGUCGGGAUCACUAUCUGACGAAUUCCCAGCAACGCCACUACCGUCGCCUGAACCUCAAUUCACAGUUCCACGCGUCAGCAUGUUCCCAGAGCCGCCAGCGCAGCAAUUAAUGAACGACUUAUCAAGACCAGCCAAUCUUUCGCAUCAGCCGAUUUUCGCCAACAAAUUUCUAGGCUCCUCCUACACAGCCAUGACGUCAGAUAGGAAUCAACUCUCACUAGAUCGCUUGCAAGUCUCGCCAGAAGCGCCAACGAAGAUCAUCAACAAUCAUCGCAUUGAUUACUGGCUAGCAACCCAGAAGAAGGUGCCACUGAUUCCAUCAUCUCCACCUCCAUCAUGGCUCGACAUCGCCAUACAAUUGGAACGACAAAAUGCUCCAGCUUCAUCGCACGAUUUCUACGCUUCAGAAUACCAAACUCGAAUCGGCGUAUUCAAUGUCCAGCCAGCUUCUUGCUCCUCUCAAUACACGACCGCACCUAACCCAUUGCAUUUCGGCCAGCAUCCCAUCUAUCAACGAGCGUCAACAACAACACCUGGCCUGGCUCAAGCUCCAACUCGAGUAUUUCAAUUUGGUGGAUACAAUGGCACAUCAAAUCUCGCGCAGCAUUCCAUUUACCAACCACGAAGCGACAAUGAAACGUCUGGUUCCCCUUCAGCUCUUCGAUUCAAACAUCAAUCUAUCUCUCGUCCAGUUAACAAACACGUCUCCCAGUCGAACCAUGUCGGCUUCAUCCUCCCUCGUGCUCAUCCUCUCACCGUCAUGGAUAAAUUCGAAUUGUCACUUCUCAACUACAAGACCCCAUCAAUGGAGCACAUCGAGAAUCUCGUGAUUCCCGUGUUGGAGGAUGCAAUACCGAAAAUCGACUACUGGAACGACGAGGGCUAUCAUUAA